AUGGCCAGGGCCACAUACGAUGUUUUCGAUCCACAAUUUGGAGUCAAUGCUAAUUACGAUGUCCAAAGUUUGGGAGCAAAACCUGAUGGAAAAACUGAUUGUACCAAGGCAUUCUUGAGUGCAUGGGCCUCAGCCUGUGCUUCUACACAGCCAGCCACCAUUUACGUGCCCCCGGGAAGAUACUUGCUCGGAGCUGCAACUUUUGCUGGCGAGUCAUGCAAAACCACUGCCAUAACGAUACGCAUCGAUGGCACACUAGUAGCUCCAUCUGAUUUUAAUGUUAUUGGAAAUUCUGGUAACUGGAUCAAGUUCGAAAGAGUGACCGGAGUUUCUGUCAUUGGUGGAAUCCUAGAUGGCCAAGGGACUAAUUUGUGGGCUUGCAAGAAUUCCGGCAAGAAUUGCCCAAAUGGAGCAACGACUCUGGCCUUCUACAAUUCAAAAAACAUCGUGAUCAAUGGAUUAUCUUCAAUAAAUAGCCAGAAAUUCCACAUUCUGGUUGAUGGAUGCCAAAACGCCAAGCUGGUUGGAAUGAAGGUUUCAGCAGCAGGGAAUAGCCCAAACACCGACGGAAUUCACGUGGAAAAAUCUUUAGGAGUCACACUUAUGAACUCUAAAAUUGGCACAGGAGAUGAUUGUGUAUCUAUAGGCCCUGGCACUUCCAACCUGUGGAUCGAGAACGUCUCCUGCGGCCCCGGUCAUGGGAUGAGCAUUGGGAGUCUUGGCUGGGAUUUGCAAGAACCUGGAGUGCAAAAUGUGACAGUUAAAACAGUUACAUUUACAGGAACUCAAAAUGGGGUGAGAGUGAAGACAUGGGCGAGGCCAAGCAAUGGAUUUGUUAAAUAUGUUCUUUUCCAGGAUGUUGUCAUGGUUAACGUUGAAAACCCAAUAAUUAUUGACCAAAAUUACUGCCCCACCACCCACAAAUGCCCUGAUCAGGUUAGUUACUCUUUGUUAUUGGGAUAA